AACUCUUCUUGCCCGCUUCCCCCACAAAGAAACCAAAUUUCCACUCAGCGACACCGGAAACAGAGGUCCUUUACCAACAACCAACAAAAGAGACGAAGAAGAAGUAGAAUGUGCGGCCCCGAAACACCUUCAGCCACCCCGCGCGUCGGCGCCCGCGUCGACCUCUCCUCCCCAACCGGCCGCGGCAGCCUCGGCAACCUGCUCUUCCUCAAUCCCUCAUCCCCUUCCAGCACACACGCCACACACGUCCGCUUUCACCAACGCAAAGAGGAGCCCUCUCCCCUGGGUGACCGGGGUGAUUGCGACGACGUGCUCGUAUCCAUACACAUGACCGGCGACCUGACAAAACCGCUCGCCGAGUCGGGCCUGAUGCGGCAGUUCACCCUGCGCGGGCACAGCGAGGGGGCCGAGAUGCCGCUGGGCGCGGCCGUGUCGCUGCAAGUGGGGCAAGACGGCAUCAUCGGGAGGAGGGUGUCGGUGCGGAGAGGCCACGAGCUGCUGGCGGACGGCAUCGUGGGGUUCAACUUUGUCCCAGUAAUGGCUCCUUCCGGCGUUUGAGCAGCCAAGGGGGGGAAAUGGAGGGGUUGCAGGAACUGCAGCAUAGCAUGUGCGGCGUCGGGUGUUACAGGUAUCACUUCGUUUCGAGGAUUGGUCGGGCUCAAGCAUUUGUUGUCGUUACUACAAUACAUUUACCAUUUCAGAAACCGGCGUAAAUGCUCGUGGGGCAAGGGGACGUUGGAGAAAGCGUUGAAGAAUCGAUUGUUGUAUUCGCGCCGUCAGAUAG